CACUGUCUGACCUCGCAAUUCUCGUGGUUUUUCACCAGCGUGAGGGUUUUCCGACAAGGGUCUCUUGGUUGCGGUUGUCUGCGAAUUAGUUGAAUACACAACUGAAUUGCUGCAUGGAUUUGUGCCACCCAAUUCCGUGUUAAUGGAGUGCGGUCAUUUCCACCACCUGCCCUGUGUGUCCCAGUGGCUGUUUCCCGGUGGCGGGGGCGGGGUGACUGCCGCCGAGGGAGGGGAGAGGUUGGCAACUCCCCCCUCCACCUCCUGCCUGCUGGAUGUGUCGUCGAUUGCACUUCCCAAACUCAACCGAAAACAGAAAGCAGUGGCGAGAUGGGUGGAGGACGGCUAUUCGGGCUACUCGUUCAGCCAGCCACCCGAGGUGCGGGUGUCUCGUAUCAGCCUGGAGGAGCGCAGUGCCAGGAUCCGCCCCCAUCAGCCGCCGCCUCCGCAACCGCCUCCAGCCGCCGCCUCCACGGCAGCCGCCCCCGGCCACCGCAAGGCCACCACACAUCGCAGCAAACGGCGGGCGCGGGCGCAUCGCAACGAGGCGGAAGCCAACAGAUUGCCUGCGGCGGUGAGCGAGGGGCGCGCCCUAGGCGUACAGGUGCAGCCCUUGAUGGCCGUCUUGAUGUCUCCGAGACCGUCAAACGAAUGUUCCCCCCAAAAUAUAUUGGACAUGGAGUCAGGUGGUCAAGAGUCACACAGCAGCCCGGAGCCUCUGAGCCGCCCCCAGCUGAGCGUGACCUGUCUGGAGCUACCGCCUCCAGCCGCCCCCAAGUCGGCGCUGCCCUGGCGUCCGCCUCUGCUGCGGGGGGCGGCCAGGCCCCUCGGCCACCAGGGGGCCACUGCACGGGGACCGCACAGCUCAAGGAGUUUGGCACUCGACUGCUCAAAAAUGAGUCUGUCUUCUAGGCUGCAACGCAAUCAUAAGUUUAUUGAGGCAAUCAUUGAUUGAUUUAUUGAUCAAUCUUAGUUAUUUUUAAAUCAACUGAUGAAAAGGAAAAGUGAAAGA